AUGAAUUCCCAACAAACAACCGCAGUCAAGGGAGGAACUGGCAGCGUUGCUACUCCAGCCAACAACGUCAAUUACAGACGUGGCUCUCAAGAAGGCACUCUCUUCUCCGGACUCCAGAACCAGAAACGCUCGAGCAGUGAUGCGGCUUCCAAGGCUAGACGAGAGAGUUUUGCAGAGCAGGCUCCCAAAGCAGGAUUCGUGGGACAGAUGUGGAAUUCAAUUGUCAAGGGGCAGUAAUUCAGAAUGGUGUUUGGGGAUAUAAUGGGGAGGAUAGGGUGUGGAUAUGGAUAUGGAUAUGGAUAUGGAUAUGAUGAGAAAUAUGGAU